AGUAAUAAAUAAACAUAAAACAAGUAAACGAAACGAAGUCGAUACAAAAACUACAACAACUACAGCGUUAGAGAAAUUUUAAGAAACUUAAACCGAAACAUUUAUCGUGUGUUAAAAUCCGUAAAAAAAAAAUCGAAACAGUUUUAAGGUUUACAACGCAACACAACCUACUUUUAAGCCGCCGCUACACAUUUAUAACGGCGCUAAUACGCGUUUGRGAAACUUGUACGCUUAACAGAACAUGCUUUGUCCGCUCACCAUGCGUCCCGCUAGCCCUGCUGAAUCAGAAAUCUCCGUCGGUGGCGCACCCAGCCCACUGCCACACCAUCAUACACAACACCACCAGCAACAUCCGCAUCCAACGCUGGCGCAUCCGUCGCAACAUCGCAGCACAAUCGAUUUGCUGCAACAUCAACAAAUCUUAAUGCAACAACAUGCGGCCGCCGCUGCCGCAGCCGCUGCUGCUGGACUGACGCGUACAGGCCCCGCCGAAGAGUAUUUCCAACCGCUGAAACGCUUACGCAUGUCCAGCGAAAUGGAGGAAACCACCAUCGGCAAUCGCACACCCAGUCCGGUGCAAGCGCAUGGCGUUGCAUUGCCAACGACACCCACUUCGACUGCAAMAACUGCCAGCUCSAAUGCCGCCAAUGUCGGCGCCGGAAUUGCCGUUAGCACUGCCGUCAAGUCGAAUAUUGAGGGUGUGAAAAGUUUUUCCAUUGCCGAUAUAUUGGGACAUGAGAAACGYGCCACAUCCACCUCACCCACACCGCCACCGCCGUCACAACAGCAACAACAUGCARCUAGCACGCCUACUCGCCCAUUGCUGAGCGCCAGCAGUCUGCUGCAACCACGUGCCGAGCCGCUGGAUAUGGUGAGUGCAGCGGCGGCKGCGGCCGCUGGUAUGCCACAUCCAAUGCUGCUGCCGGGCGCACAAAUCGUGCGUCCCUGGGAUCAUUUGUUGGGUCCGAUGCCGGUGCGCCCGUUCAUACCAUCGGCGUUGUUGCAUUAUGAGCAGCGCCUGGCGUUGGACUAUCAUCGGCAGCUGCAGGAGCAUUUCAAUGCUCAAGCGCAGCUGUUGCGUCACAUGGGCAUGGAUAUGAUACCAUCUGAGAGUGGUUCGGAGCGUUCCAGCUCGGCGGCUAGCGAUUGUUGUUCACCGGAAAUCGCGCGUUCCUCCGGUGAACCAUCGGCGUCAGCGGGCGCACAAUCAAUGGUUAUGGGUGAACGUGAUCGGGACCGUGAUCGUGAACGCAUUUCGCACACUUCCACUUCGUCGAAUGGUGGUGGUAAUAGUUUAGGUGGUGGCGCGGGUAAUGGUGGUCCUAGCGGCGAAAAUACAGCUACCAAUGGUUCGAGCUCGAAAUCGAAACCGAAUGGUACACCAUUGGAUGCGCUCUUUCAAAUGACCACCAAGGACUUUGAUGAAUCUCAAGAUAAAUCUCACUUGGAUAUAUUUUCAAACCGUCCGCAACCGAAGAAGAAACGCAAAUCGCGCACCGCUUUUACGAAUCAUCAAAUAUUCGAGUUGGAGAAACGUUUUCUAUAUCAAAAGUACCUGUCACCAGCCGAUCGWGAUGAGAUCGCCGCCGCGUUAGGCCUUUCCAACGCGCAAGUGAUCACUUGGUUCCAGAAUCGACGCGCAAAGCAAAAGCGGGACAUCGAAGAGUUGAAGAAAGAUUUCGAUAGCGUCAAAGUAUUCUCAGCGCACAAGUCCUUUCUGGAAAAUGUCAACGAUCUCAGCAUAUUGAAGAAGAAACCCAUGCACGAGGCGGACGCAAUGGUGGGUCUGGCCGCGGCGGCCGCAGCCGGUAUGGUGCCGGUUUCCUCAGCCGCCGCGGCUGCUGCUGCCGCACAAGCCGCGCUAAAUUCACAAAAAUGAAGUAAUCGGCGCAUUGUUGCGCCAUAAAUAAAUUUUUUAUACAAACCACUGCGAGAGAGGAAGAGAACAGCAAGAAAAACAAAAAUGGAGAAUCGUCAAAUGUUAUGUGGAUUCUUAAAAGUGGAGCGGCGCGUGUGGCUGCAGGGACAAUGCAUGCAGCAGCAGUAAUAGUGAAAUUAUUGAAACCCUUUAUUCUUACUAAUAGACGCUAUGGCGUUACAUAAAGACCACUAGCAGACAGUGUACGCCUCAGUUGGGAGUUUGCAAGCACCAGCCCACCAAAAGCAGCACCGUUUGCUGCGGCAUAUGAGGAAGGCAUUGCAUAGCGUUCAACAUUUUAACAUUCCUUGCUUUUUGUUCACCACAGCACCACAUGACAGCGUUUAAUCCACACAACUUACGACUUCUACAUACAAAA